CUUGCUUGCCUUCCUUGCCUGUGCACGCAUGCGUAGGAGAAGGGGGUUGUUUCCGGACUGGGAAAGAGCGGGAAAGGCUGCAGAGAAGCUGAAGUGGAGGAAAGCAGCGCAGCUGCAGCCUGGAAAAGUUUACUCAAAAAUGUGGGGACCACCUUUGGAGAUGGAAGCUGCAAUCCCUGAGGCAGAAGGAGCUUCCUUGGAGCAGGGGCAGAGGGUGCAGGCGGUGGAGCGUGCCCAAGAUGCCCUCUCCUGUGGAACAGGCAGUGAAGAGAUGCGUUUGAGCCGUUGUCUUUUCCAAGGUGUAGGAACAGCUGCUGCACCCCCAAUCCAGGUUCCCUUUUCCUUUGAGGAGGUAUCCAUCUCUUUCACGGAGGCUGAGUGGGCCCUACUGGAUCCGGGACAAAGAGCUCUGUACUGGGAAGUCAUGCUGGAGAACUAUGGGAAUGUGGCCUUUUUGGCAGAAAAUGAUCAGAGGAAUGAGAAGGGGGAGGAACUUCAUCAGCAAAUCCCAGAUAGAGUAAAAAAUGAAGACUUGGAUGAAAACAUCAGGAGUAAAGGCAGAUCUAAAAGAAAGACAGGCGGUGCUAUGGUUGAGAAGCAUGAUGGAAGAAAGUGGAAUGUACAUUUUUCAAACCAAAGGAUAUUGAAGGCAAGGAAAUCCAUUCAAUGUGGAAAGUAUUUCAGAAAUCGAUCACAACUCCUUGUAAAUCAAAGAAUACACAGGGAGGAGACACCUGAAUAUUCAGAGAUGAGAAAUGAAUUCAGUCAGAGUAGCUUUCUUCUGCUUCAUCAAAAAACUCUCAAGGGAGAGAAACCUUUUAACUGCUCAGAGUGUGGAAAGAGAUUCCGUUUCAAUGCUUAUCUUAAAAAGCAUCAGAGAAUACACACAGGAGAAAAACGCUUUGAAUGCUCAGAGUGUGGAAAGAGAUUCAGUCAGAAUGGCCAUCUUCAAUUUCAUCAGAGAACCCACACAGGGGAGAAACCUUUUGAAUGCUCAGAAUGUGGAAAGAGAUUCAGUCGGAGUGACAGUCUUCAAGAGCAUCAGAGAACCCACACAGGGGAGAAGCCGUUUGAAUGCUCAGAGUGUGGAAAGGGAUUCAGACACAGAGGACAUCUUCACAAGCAUGAAAGAACACACACUGGCGAGAAACCUUUUGAAUGCUCAAAGUGUGGAAAGAGAUUCAGUCAGAAGGAUCAUCUUCGAUAUCAUCAGAGGACCCACACAGGGGAGAAACCUUUUGAAUGCUCAGAAUGUGGAAAGAGAUUCAGUCGGAGUGACAGUGUUCAAGAGCAUCAGAGAACGCACACAGGGGAGAAGCCGUUUGAGUGCUCAGAGUGUGGAAAGGGAUUCAGACACAGAAGACAUCUUCACCAGCAUGAAAAAACGCACACAGGCGAGAAACCUUUUGAAUGCUCAGAGUGUGAAAAGAGAUUCAGUUGGAGGGCUCAUCUUCAAUAUCAUCAGAGAACCCACACAGGGGAGAAACCUUUUGAAUGCUCAGAAUGUGGAAAGAGAUUCAGUCGGAGUGACAGUCUUCAAGAGCAUCAGAGAACCCACACAGCGGAGAAGCCGUUUGAAUGCUCAGAGUGUGGAAAGAGAUUCAGUACUAGUGGCUAUCUUCAAUGUCAUCAGAGAACCCACACAGGGGAGAAACCUUUUGAAUGCUCAGAGUGUGGAAAGGGAUUCAGACACAGAGGACAUCUUCACCAGCAUGAAAGAACGCACACAGGGGAGAAACCUUUUGAAUGCUCCGAGUGUGGAAAGAGAUUCAGUCGGAAGGCUCAUCUUCAAAGUCAUCAGAGAACCCACACAGGGGAGAAACCUUUUGAAUGCUCAGAGUGUGGAAAGAGAUUCAGUUUCAAUGGCGAUCUUAAAAAGCAUCAGAGAACACACACUGGAGAAAAACCCUUUGAAUGCUCAGAAUGUGGAAAGAGAUUCAGUACUAGUGGCCAUCUUCAGCAUCACCAGGGAACCCACACAGGGGACAAACCAUUUGAAUGCUUAGAGUGGAAAGAGAUUCAGUACUAG